AUGAAAAUAAUUAAAUCAACAACAACAACACAACCACCAAUGGACGUACUAGCUCAUUGUAGGGUCUACCCGCUCUCAAACUUCUAUCAUCCAUCACCACAAUCAAUAACUCUUCCAAAUACACUAAUAUCAAACACUGACAAUGAUAAACCACACAUAGGCUUACUUCACCUAAUAGAACACGAUUUCAAGAUGUCAAACUUUAAAAAACAACUAUUCAAUCAUUUGACAACUUCAAACGCAUCAUAUCUCAUAAUCGACAUCACGUCCACUUGGAAAAGAUUCUUACUCUCUUCCUCUUCCGCUUCUGCCUCCCUCAUGUACAUGAACUCCACUUCUAUCCUCUCCUUCGAGGGACUCAUUAACUACCUCGUCCAAUUGAAUGAUCAUCCAACCACAGCUUUGCAAAGAUCACUCUCCAUCAAUAACGAACCCUUACAAUUAACCCUACCACUAUCGGGAAUAAUCAUAGACAAUUUAUCCUACUUACCGCAGGACCCACCGCAAUUCAAGAUCCUGACAAACAUACUGAAAUUACUAAGAAAAUCCCUGGGUUGUUGGAUAAUGACUACCAGCUACGGUCUAGAAUACAACCAGGGCAUAGAAAAUACAAUCUCAACUUCUGCAUCAAAUUCAAAUACAUACAUCCCAUUAAAUUAUACAAAGGAGAUGGAUAUCGUCCUCCUCCAUGAACGUGACCUAAGAUCACGUAUCCUCUAG